AUGAGCGCAAUCGCAACCAACGAAGCUCCCAUCAUCGCGCAGGCGAAGGUGGACGAAGCCGCCUUGGCUGGCACCGCGACGGAAAGCGCCUGGGACGCGGCUCGAUCGACGUCAACUCCUUCCAAGACACUGGCUCAACGCUUGACGAUGAAGUUACCGAGGCCGAUCUUCAUACGCUUCGUCGAGUGUCGGGCAAGAUUCCCUGGACAGCCUUCACCAUCGCCUUCGUCGAGUUUUGUCAACUUUAUCCAACAGCCUCUUCCCGAGGGGUCCACCACCGGUGCUGGCAAGUCGGGCCAGUCCGGUGCGCUGGGCAUGGGCCAGCGAGCCUCUACCGGCCUGGUGACAUUCAACCAAUUUUGGGCAUAUGUGAUGCCUUUACUGGGCGCAUACAUGGCUGAUGCUCAUUGGGGCCGUUACAAAACCAUCCAUGCUGCCAUCAUCUGCGCUAUGGUCGGACACGUCAUCUUGACAGCAUCAGCAGCCCCGAGUGUCAUCCAGAAUGGCAGCUCAGCCCUCGGCGCUUUCACCAUCGGUCUCAUCAUCCUGGGCGUUGGGACUGGUGGCUUCAAAUCCAACAUCUCUCCCCUCCUGGCCGAGCAGCAAACGGACACCAAGAAGCGGAUUGAGGUCCUCCCGUCCGGCGAGCGUGUCAUUGUCGACCCAACGGUGACAACCUCUCGCAUAUUCUUGUACUUCUACCUCUGCAUCAACAUUGGCUCACUCGUCGGACAAAUCGGCAUGGUCUACGCCGAGAAAUACGUCGGCUUCUGGCUCGCCUACAUGCUACCGACCGUCUUGUUCCUCUUUGCGCCCGUCGUGCUGGCCCUCUGCCGCAAACGCUACGUCUUGACCCCUCCCACAGGCUCGGUCUUCGCCAAGUUCUGGAAGCUGUGGGCCUACGCCACCAAAGGCCGAUGGAGCAUCAACCCCGUCAGGACAUACAAGAACUUCUCGGCGCCCGACUUCUGGGAGCGCGUCAAGCCUUCUCGCAUCCCCGCAGCUGAACGGCCCGCGUGGAUGACCUUUGACGACGCCUGGGUCGAAGAGGUCCGUCGCGGCCUCAAAGCAUGUGCUGUAUUCCUCUACCUGCCUCUGUACUGGCUCGCGUACGGCCAGAUGACCGGCAAUCUGACGUCUCAGGCUGCCGUCAUGGAACUCAACGGGGUCCCCAACGACAUCAUCCAGAACCUCAACCCCAUCAGCAUCAUCAUCUUCAUCCCCCUCAUGGACUUUGUCAUCUACCCGGCCCUCCGCAAGGCGCGCAUCAAUUUCACGCCCAUCAAGCGCAUCGCGUUCGGUUUCGCGCUCGCCUCGCUGGCGAUGGUCGCCGCGUGCGUCAUCCAAGUGUACAUCUACCGGAUGAGCCCCUGCGGCCACAGGGCCUCGGACCCGGACUGUUCGGGCCCGGCGCCCAUCAAUGUGUGGGUGCAGACGGUGCCGUACGUGCUGAUCGGCUUCUCCGAGAUCAUGGCCAGCAUCACCUCGCUCGAGUACGCGUUCACAAAGGCCCCCUACAACAUGCGCUCGUUCGUCAUGUCGAUCAACCUGCUCAUGAACGCCUUCUCGUCCGCCAUCGCGCAGGGGCUCGUGGCAUUGAGCGCCGACCCGCUCCUCGUGUGGAAUUAUGGGCUUGUCGCCGUCCUGGCCGGCGUCGGCGGCGUGUGCUUCUGGUUCAACUUCAAAAAGCUCGACAGCGAGGAGGAUAAGCUCAACAUGUUGCAGGCGAGUUCGUACACGGGCAAGCGGAAGAGCGUGGCCAGUCGGGGCGGCAGUGUCGCUGGGUCGGGGACCCAGGAGAUGUAUGCUCAGAAGAGCGAGGCCUAG